AUGAAUAAUGGCUGCGUGAGAGUGCUGGAGAUGGCCAUGAAGUCAUUGCCAGUUAUAGAAUGGAUGAGCAGGGACCUGACAGAUCCAGUAUGGUGUCCCUAUCUUCUACUGCCACGUGCUGCUCUCACACUGAAGGCCUUUCUGCUACUGCAGCCAUGGUCUGAUACAUUCACCAUGGACAUCACUCAUGUAGACUACAAAGAAAAAGAUGAAAUCAAGGGACUGAUCCAGGAACAGCUCAACUCUCUUUCUAAUGACAUCAAAAGCGUUCUCCAGGGUCCAAAUCUGAACUUGCUACAACGCUCUGCCUCCUUGUGUCUCGGGUCUCAUAGGUUUCAGUUGGAGCGUGUUCGUCUACAAGAAGUGAAACGAUCCAGCUAUGAACACACCAAAAAAAGUGUGCUGACCAGCUGCUGCUGCUGGGACAGUGACGACCCAAACGGAUAG